CACACACACACACACACAAACUGAAUUUCUGCUCAGCCAUGGCUCCCUGGUAGAUGCUCAAAGCGGCUGUUGUCAGAGCGAAUUAAAUCUGCACUCGCUGCUUUCCUCCUGACCUUGCCUGCCUCGUUGGGUUUUCAAUAUUUUAUUCAGGAUUCCUGCGCUGUCUCCCCAUGGCUACAUCGGAUGGACUAGACGGCUGUCUGCAACGAGGCAGAUCUCAAAGUGACCCGAACAUACUCACCGAACCGGGCAUCGAUUUGGCUCAUGGCACAGUAGAGUUGAUGGACCAGCAGAUGGUGCUGAGGACUGGUUGUCUGGUGUCCGGGGUCCACACUCCACCCAUCCGACGUAACAGCAAGCUAGCCACCCUGGGACGCAUCUUCAAGCCCUGGAAGUGGAGGAAAAAGAAAAAUGAGAAGCUAAAGCAGAGUUCCACAGAUGUAGCAUUAUCAAGCAGUCUUCUAUGCCACGACCCAAACUCUCCCACCCAUGGCUGCUGCUCAGAUGGUACGGUCCUGCUUGGAGGAUUCGGGGGACCUUUGAACCCAAACUUCACAGUCAGCAGUGUGGAAUACCUUGGUCCUGAAGAGGAGCUUCCCCCUCCAGUAGCUGCCCCUCUUCAGGACUGUGAACGAGUGGAGGAGAAUGUACUACUCCCGGAGGACAAGGGUGGUGAGGAAGUGCACCCUGCCGGGGAUUUACCUGAGGGGCUACAGGGCGCGGGCGAACCGACGGAAGAAAGACCAGAGGAAGAGAGUCCUUCAGUAACGUCCCCACCACAAGUACCUUUGAAACCUUUGCCCCAGCUGAGCCCUGGAGAUGAGUCAGGCCCUGUGUCGCUCCCCACGCACCUGCCAAACUCCUACCUCCCCAAGGAGCCGCCACCCAGGGCCACAGAAAGCAUGUCUUCAAUGACCCUGUCACUACGAGGGCCCAUGGCCAACAUCUCAGGGUCCCCACAUAUAGGCAAUAUGAUGCACCCUCCCAUGCCCCCUAGCUGCAUUAUGGAGGAACUGCAGAGAGCCUUCGCGUCCAAGAACAGACACGAGAUUGUCCAUGAAGGGUAUGAGCAGGCCUCACCCCCAAGGCUGUGGUGUUCAGACGGACGGCUCUCUCGCUCCUGCAGCUCUGAGAACCAACACACAUCAUCUUUCGGAGGCAGCUGUGUGGGAGGUGGAGGGUCCGACUGGCCCAAGAAGGAGGCAGAAGAGAAUAAGGAGAACGUGCGGCUGGACCAGUGCUUCUCGAACGCCUCAGGCCUGCCCACCGACUUGGAGGGCUGGAAUGACUCUGUCAUCUCUGGCACACUUCCUCGCAGGCUAAGGAAGGAGCUGCUAACUGUCAAACUACGAAACCGACCCAGCAAGCAGGAGCUGGAAGACAGGAAUAUCUUCCCAGCCAGGAGCGACCAGGAGCGCCAGGAAAUUCGCCAGCAGAUUGAGAUGAAACUUGCAAAGAGGCUGAGCCAGAGACCGAAUGUAGAGGAGCUGGAGAGUAGAAACAUCUUGAAACAGAGAAACGAGCAAACAGAGCAAGAGGAGAGGAGGGAGAUCAAACAGCGGCUAAACAGAAAGCUCAACCAGCGGCCUACAGUAGACGAACUACGAGACAGAAAGAUUCUGAUCCGCUUCAGUGACUAUGUGGAGGUGGCCAAAGCUCAGGACUAUGACAGGAGAGCAGACAAGCCCUGGACUCGGCUCUCAGCAGCAGACAAGGCUGCAAUCCGAAAAGAGCUCAACGAGUUCAAAAGUACGGAGAUGGAAGUGCAUGCCUCAAGCAAACAUCUAACGAGGUUCCACCGGCCAUGAAAGCAGGGAGUUUCUUCUGUGAAGAAAUGCUGAGUUUGGACAUUUUGCAAAGCUGCUCAGCGGUGGAAGGUUUAAAGAGCCUGGAGCCUUUUUGUCUUCAGUAUGUCUUUAACAUUCUUCCAGCACCCGCGACUAUCAUAUCAUCUGUAUGAGGGCACGAGUGUGGGAGAGGCGAUGACGGUAAUGUUUUUCGUCAGGGCGUCCUGGAGACUACUGAAUGUCGCCAUGUAGAAGCUGGCUGGUGGAAGCGGACUCUGGUGGAUCCUCCGACUCUCGGGGUGAGAGUGGAGGAAAAAAAAAAACAAUCUUGUCAUUCAGUCAUUGUUUUGUUUUUUUGUACUAUUUCAUGAACUCCUUUGACAAGGCGGCGUGGAUCCGUGUAGUGGGAACAAGUUGUGCAUGUGACCAGCUUCACCUUUUCUUAACUGAUAAUGUGUCACUUGGACUGUGUAAAGACUGCAGUCUGGGGGAGGUGGUAUUGGGGAUGAAUUUGAUAAUAACUGUACAUACAGUGUGUCAAUCUGAAUGGGACUGUUAAUGUCUUCAGUGAAAAGAGAAAUACCUUUGUAAGCACUACUUGUCUUCAAAAUACAAGGUCUUUUUU